CAUUCAUAUCCGUAUUCAUCUACAUCUUUUCAUCUCAUCUAUCUUCGGAAACCUCACCUAGAACCCUCCUCAUCAAACUCACUCGAUCAACGAAAUCCAACACCAUGGCAUUCACCGGAAGCGACAUCUUGAAGAUCAUCUUGGCCAUCUUUGUUCCUCCUCUCGGAGUGUUCAUUGAGCGUGGAUGUAACGCCGACUUCUUCAUCAACAUCUUGUUGACCAUCUUGGGUUACAUUCCUGGUAUCAUCCACGCCUUGUACAUCAUCCUCAAAUAUUAAGACGGUCGCCAAUACAGCUAGAGCGAUUGGACCGGAUCGUUUGACGGAUGGACGGAAGUGUAGAAGCGAUGACGCCGAGAAAGGAGAUGGCGAUCGGACACAUGAUCGAUGGCCGUCGACCCUUGUCCGGCUUUUUUCUGAUUCGAUGUAAACCGCCUGAGUAUUGAGCGCAAAGCCAAGUGAUAUAAUUCGAUUUCCCCCUA